UACAGCAAAAUCUUGAAGGAUAAUAUUCAAGGCAUUACCAAACCUGCUAUCCGGCGAUUGGCUCGUCGUGGUGGUGUGAAACGGAUAUCUGCGGCAGUCUAUGAUGAGACGAGAAAGGCAUUGAAAGACUUUCUUACAGGAGUGCUUCAAGACGCUGUUACCUACGUCGACCACCGAAGAGCAAAGACGAUCACCCUAGAAGACAUUCUUCAUAGUCUGAAACGUAGAGGACGAACCCUCUACUACUUC